UGCGUGCGAGCGAGCGAGCGUUGUGUGCGUAUGCGUGAGGCAGAUAGCGGAAAGUCUGAAAGUCGGUAAGCGAGACGCACACAGUCACGCAAAAAUAGAACAGCGAGAGUGGUUAACGGCUUUCGGUAUAAAAUCACUGUCUGAGCGUUGAUUCCGAUUUAAUACGAAAGCGGGUUUAAACGUCAUCGCCGCUAUCCGUGACUUUUGCUUUCCCGAGACGUGGACACUCAACAAUCGCGGGCACCCACGUAUACACAUAUAUAUACACACAGACACACACACACAACAAACACGCACGUAUGUAACGUCUCCUUUGUCAUUUAAUAGCUCGACAUAUUGCAAACCCGUUUCGCCCCGAACAACCCAAGUCCGCCCGCUUAUUUUUUUUCUCACUUUUCCCGCCCCUCGACAUAGAGACUCGCUCGUGACGUAAAAGGCGCUACACGCCUCUUUCUCUCUCUUCGGCGGCGCGCGCGAGUCGCUUGAUUUUCAACUACAUAACUCUUUAUCGAGACCAGUCCGAAUUCCGAGCGAAGAGAGUGAGCGUGUGCGGAGCUGCCAUAGGAAAGCGGUAGCGUGGCCAUUCGGAAGUGCAUUCGGCUGCCACGUAAACCACCUCGGCCGACUGUUUCGCGGGUUCGCGCGAAUCGCGGACGUUCGCCGUUAAUCGCUCCGGGACGAUCACGGAUCACGUUCGCGCUCCCCACUAUCUUAUCGCUGGUUCAACGGUGACAUUGCUCAUCAACCAAUCGGGUCGGGAACCGCUGGGGGAUCGUCCGCGCACAAUAUAUUCGGAUAUCGCAUAUAAAGAAGCCUUUCCGACAAGUACGACGACAUGCCGCCCAAACUCCACCGUAUCAGCUGGCAGGACUUGACGCGAAUUUCGCGACGGUUCGACGGCAGCAGGAACUUCUUCCUCGACUCCGGCUUCAGGGGCAGCAUCUCCGAACGGACGAUUCAUGUCACGAAGAUCAACACCCGUUCCAUACAUCUUUUAACGCCGUCCGCCUUCAGGAACGAAAAAGCUCGCAAGAUGCCGCACGCCGUCAAUAUCUAUCAUCAGUCACCAAUCCCGAAGUUCCUGGUGACCCACGCGGCGAAAAAUCCGUCGAUCAAAUACGAUUACGAUUACAUCGGCAAGACACCGCUACUGAAUGCAUCCACGCUCGAAAUCUCGGCGAAGCUACGCCGCUACAUCGAGGAAUGCGUCUUGCUGUGCUGUCCCAAGGACAUUUACAUCUGCAACGGCACGGACUCCGAAUACAUGCAGCUACUGAAGAUCCUCCAGAAGAAUGGCACCAUCGAGAACCUACCGAAAUACGAAAACUGUUGGCUGGCUAAGACGAACCCUGCGGAUGUCGCGCGCGUCGAGAAACGUACCUUCAUCAGCACCGACGUGAAGAACGACACCAUCCCUACACCGCGCAAGGGUACAAUCGGCGAGCUCGGCAACUGGAUCUCCCCGAACGACAUGGACGAGGCUAUCUUGGAACGUUUCCCGGGUUGCAUGAAAGGACGCACCAUGUACGUGAUUCCCUUCAGCAUGGGGCCCGUGGGCUCGCCGCUGUCCAAAAUCGGCAUCGAGAUCACCGACUCUGCCUACGUGGUCUGCUCGAUGAGGGUGAUGACCAGGAUGGGCAGUAAGGUGCUCGAGAGUCUGGGAAACGACGACUUCGUCAAGUGCUUGCACUCGGUGGGCGUCCCGAGGCACGAUUCCAAGACCAUCAUCAACUACUCGUGGCCGUGCGACCCCGAGAGGACGAUCAUUCUCCACCGACCUGCCAAGAACGAGAUCGUGUCUUACGGGAGCGGUUACGGCGGCAACUCCUUGCUGGGGAAGAAAUGCUUCGCGCUUCGCAUCGGCUCGACGAUAGCCAGGAAGGAAGGCUGGCUUGCCGAACAUAUGCUCAUACUGGGCAUCACGAAUCCUAAAGGCAAGAAGCGUUACAUCGCCGCAGCUUUCCCGAGCGCCUGUGGCAAAACGAAUCUGGCGAUGAUGCAGCCCACUUUACCGGGUUACAAGAUCGAGUGCGUCGGUGACGACAUCGCGUGGAUGAGAUUCGACGACAAGGGACGAUUGCGCGCCAUCAAUCCGGAAAACGGAUUUUUCGGCGUCGCGCCUGGCACCAGCUCGGCCACGAAUCCCAACGCCAUGAAGACGAUCUUCAGAAACACCAUCUUCACCAACGUGGCUUCCACCAGCGACGGAGGAGUGUAUUGGGAAGGAAUGGAAAAAGAGAUCGGAAACGACGUUCAGGUGGUAGACUGGAGAGACAACAAUUGGAUGAGAGGAUCCAAAACGCCGGCCGCGCAUCCCAAUUCGAGAUUCUGCACUCCGGCUGAGCAGUGUCCCAUUAUCGAUCCCGCUUGGGAAGAUCCAGCCGGUGUCCCGAUCGACGCUAUACUAUUUGGAGGCCGAAGGCCUCAGGGUGUGCCUUUAAUUUAUCAAGCCCGAAGCUGGCAGCAUGGCGUUUUCAUCGGCGCUUCGAUGAGAUCCGAGGCUACAGCUGCCGCCGAGCACAAGGGUAAAAUAAUCAUGCACGAUCCAUUCGCGAUGAGACCGUUCUUUGGCUACAACUUCGGGCAUUACCUGUCGCACUGGUUAAGCAUGGCAAACAUGAAGAAUGCUAAACUGCCAGCGAUCUUUCACGUGAACUGGUUCAGGAAGAGCGCGGACGGCAAGUUCCUGUGGCCAGGAUUUGGCGAAAACUCCCGUGUCCUCGACUGGAUUCUUCGGAGGAUCGACGGCGAGAACAUCGCCGCGGAGUCGGCUAUCGGCCUGCUGCCGACCCCGGGAUCCAUCAACAUAAAAAAUCUCAAUGAGGACGUGGACAUGACGGAACUGUUUCGUCUGCCAAAGAGCUUCUGGAAGAAGGAGGUCGAAGACUUGAGGGAGUAUUUUGACGCUCAAGUUGGACGGGAUUUACCCAAAGCUAUCGAAUUGGAACUCAAACGACUCUCUCAUAACGUCGAUAAUCUUUAAUUCGACUCGGAUGAUCGUGACUAUAGAACGGGACUAUUAUCUCGACGUCUUCGACGAUAUCUCCGUUGAAAAGAAAAAAAAAAAAAAAGAAAAAAAGAA